AAACUGAACUUAAAGUUAACAAGUGUUCUUCUACAUCUCCCUAACUGCAGGAAGUUUUCUAAACUGUUUAUUUUUGAAAAGGGUAAAGAGCUUGUGUGAUGUAUUAUUUGACUUGUGUUUUUAGAAAGAAAACUAAUAAAGUUAAUUAAAGUGCUUUUAUCAUCAUUACGAAAUCAUUAUGGGUGUCUGGAUGUUUAUUUGUUUCAUCUUUGUUUUAAAUCAAUUACCACAUAACUGUUAUGGAGCUACAAAAUCUUGUGAUCCUAUCCAAGGCUUAGCAGGCUGUGCAUGCAGGAUGAGUGACACACAAAAAAUCAUUGCAUUGAGAGACCUAGUGAAAAAUGAUACGCAACGUCGAAUUCCACGGUUUAAAACUCAAGAUGGAAUAAGUUGGGAUUUUGGAUAUCAUCCAUGUAACAAUUUCAACAUGUUUGAUAACAUCACAAAGCCAAGACCAGGCCACAAAAAGUGCGUUAAGGUCACAGCAGCACGAUAUACAAGUAUAUCAGCCCAUAUAUGUGAUAGCCUUGGCAACAUGGAAUCUGGUGUAUUUAAAUAUGUUGUAAAUCCAACGUUUUUGUCAAAUUAUUCUGGUGUUUCUGUAACUUACCGGGACGCAUCAACAAAUGUGGGAGCCGUGAUCUAUUUGGUAUGUAAUAAAGGACUGUCUCUCAGUGAAAGCAGAUUUAACUAUCUGAAUGUUACAGAAGGAGUUCAAGAAACCUAUUACUUUUCAUUGGAGAGUCGUUGUUCAUGUCCAGGUGGUUGCUAUGUCAAGAUACCAAAACCAAGCGCAGCUUCGCGAUUAAAUUCCUGGACAGCUUAUGCGUUUGCUUCUUUGGUUUUGGUCCUCUACGCAGUUGGUAAAUAAAGUUGAAGGUGGUGAUGGUUACACUGAGUUGUGGAAGUGGGAUGAGGUGGAGAAAUACGGUGUACCCUGCUAUUAUGGUUUUCGUAUUUAACAUUUAGCAUAAAGUAUUAUAAUGGUUUAUAUCAUCUAAUGUAGGAUUUUGUCCUUAUAUAUUUUUUACGUCUUAAUAGUUUUAACAGAUAAUAGAUAUUUUUUUGCAUUGUGAUUACUAGUAUUUUAAUGUUUCAGUAAUUUUUAGUAUUUUUGUAAUUGAAACUGCUUUACUUCUUGAGCAUUUUGGAAAUUUAAACCACAGCAUGCAGUACAAUAAGCACUUUGAUUUACAAUAUUUUAACUUGCUCAUUAUUCACUUUCAGUGUAAUGUUAACCCAGCAUAUUAAGUGUUAAACUGCACGAGAAUUGAAAAUUGAGAAUGUCCAAAUAUUUUCUUACAAUCCAUUCCAAUCUGUUUGAUUUUUUUUCACGUUUUAAAGUUUUGUAUUGUAUUAAAGUCUUUUUUAUUAUAUACAGUAAUGUUUGUAACAAUCUUUUUGUCGUUAACUGUCUAAAGAAAUGAGAAUAGCCAUAUAAGAAUGCAAUAUAGGCAUUGUUAUGAAUCACUUAAGCCUCUUGUUACUGCAUAGCAACAAUAGCCACAAACGCCCAUAUAAAUUCUCAGGUUUAUAUGAUAUAUUUUGAAUUUUGUGCGUUAAUACAAGCAAUUGAGAACAAUUUACAGUAUUUAAGAAGUGAGCUCUGAAGGUUUGUGCGGGUUUCUAAUACUGUGCAUAUUUUUCAUCUGUUACAUGGUAAUGGAACUUUGCACAUUGAUUUGUUUAAUCUUUACAUGUUUUUGCGGACAGGUUUGGUUAUAUAACUGCAACAUGCUUUUUUUUAAGCAGAGUCAAGUAAAUUUAUUAUUUUGA